AUGGCCACCCUUUCUGAAGCUCGAGGAGUCAAGUCCCUCAACACUGGCCCGGGAAAGAAACGGUUUAAACAUAAGAAGUUGGCUCAAAGGUUUGCGGAGAUUGACAUAGAUGUGUACCGGAAUUAUUCAGACCCUAUGAAAGAUGAGCCUUCUGAAGGUUCCACGUUUUUCCGGGAUUGCCUUAUUGAAUGGAGGGAACUAAAUACUGCUGAAGAUUUUAUUUCAUUUUAUCAAGAAACAUUUCCCUUGGUGCAAACUCUGCCACAAAUUAUAGUACAAAAGGAAGAAAUACUCUCCAAACUCCUAUCUCGACUACAAAUGAAAUGCAGACUAUCACUUGAGCCAAUACUCAGGUUGAUAGCUGCACUAUCCAGAGAUCUUUUGGAGGACUUUUUGCCGUUUCUCCAUCAAAUUGUAAAAUCUUUAGUAUCUCUUCUCAAAAGUGGUGCCGAUAGGGAGCCAGAGAUAGUUGAGCAGAUCUUCACAUCGUGGUCAUCUGUAAUGAUGUUCCUACAGAGAUAUCUGAUAAAGGAUGUUGUUCACGUUAUAAAUGUUACAGUGAAAUUGAGGUAUUAUCCACAUGAUGAUGUACAAAGAUUAAUGGCAGAGUCCAUUGCGUUCUUAUUGAGGAAUGCCCCUGUCGAGCAGGUUAUAAAAGGUAUUAGGAGAAUUAUGAUUGAAGUCGUGAAGAAACCAUCAGCUACAAGAAAAUAUGGUGCAUCUGAAUUAUUGUUGUAUGUUAUGCGAGGAACAUCAUCAACAUUGCAUUCUAGGGCUUCAGUUUUGUUGGGAUUUUUACUAGAGAAGUCCUUCUAUGGAAGUGGUGAUGAACUCUUGGAAGAUUCCGAACCUUUUGCUGAAGUUCUCAUCUCUACUUUCGAGGCAUUGAGUAAUAACUUGGGGCCCGUGGCUCUGCAUAUGUUGUGGGAUUGCUUAUAUGGUGAAAUUGUGAAAUCAAUAAGCAACGGAUACUCGGAGCAUCUCAGUCGACUCCUUUCUCUUCUUGUUUGUAUUGUUCGGAAUGGAUAUAUGAAGAAAGUCAAUGAUUAUAAACCUAUUUGUGAGCUGCUCAGUUUGCAAUUGCAAACUUAUGUUACACGUGAUUCCAAGACUGGGGAACCUGCAAUGAAUGUACUAGUGAACAGAGUUUAUCAGUUGUUGAUUUCCAUCAUAGAUGGCCUCAGAGAUGAUGCUCUUGCUGAGAUGUCAUGCCUGUGCGGUCCAUUAUUUAGCUUAAAAACUACCAGUUUGCUGAUUUUCCUAAGAGACCUUGUGUUAAGAGAUUCGGACAUUCUCAAAGUCUUCAGGAUCAACAUUGUUAGUGCCUUGAAUGAUUUGGUAGACCUGUCAGAGGAGGAAACAGUAUACCUACUCCUACGACUCAUUGAGAAUCUUCAAAUGCCUUGUUCCAGUUUCUUAGAUGGGAUAACCAAAGAAAGGAUGUCAAAAAUCUGCGGCUUUGUUCGAAAUACAAUCAUUGAUUGGAUAGGAAUGAUAAGAGAUACAGUUGGCCGGGAUUUUUCUUCGUCGCAGUUUGCAGAUAGUCGAUUGGCUCUCCUGUGGGGCGCUAUUAAAUGCUAUCCUCAUGUGUCCAUGGGUCAGGCUAAUCCGUCGUUACUGUUAGACAUCAUAAAUGCACUGGAUGAGCUUCUGAUGGCGGAAUCUGAUUCAAGUUUAUACCGGAGCAAUUGGCAGAGCCUUAUUGGUGCUGCUUUAGGUUCUUGGAAGGACAUAGUCUGCAGCAAUGGAGUUGUUGACGAGGAGUUUCUAGUAAGCAAAUUGCUUGAUCUUUCCAAAAAACACCGCACAUGCUCUCAGAUACUGGGGCCGAUAGCUGAUAUCCUGGAUUCAAUUUUUGGAUUGUCAACCCAGGUUGGUACUAACCACAGAAGGUACCAUCCCCUACUUCAAGAGUCAGAGACUAGCGAUGCACUAGAUCUGUAUGUAGAAAAUCUUUGCCACUUUGAUCCAUUGCUUCGGAAAGCGACACUUAGAAUUUUAUGCCACUAUGAACCUCUGAAGAUGGAAUCCUCUCUGAAAGGACACUCGAAUGAUGAAGACAAUGAAAAUGUUUUGCCGAAGAUUGAUGUUCAUGACCAGGUUCUUGAGGAUCUUCUUGCUGUUGAAGCAAUUGACCUUUCAACUACAAGUAGGAAAGGUGAACUUCUAUUGUCCAGGAUUCAGAGGAAUGUAUCUUCGAAAAGGAUAAAUGAGACUUAUGUCCCAGCUCUUUUGUAUGGUAUGAUUGGUAUCUUCCAUAAGCAGUUCAGUAAAUUCUGGGACCCAGCAAUGGAGUGUCUUAGUCUUCUGAUAAGCCAGCAUUUUCGAAUAGUAUGGGACCGAUUUAUUCGGUAUAUGGAUCGUUGUGAAUCGAUGUUUCUGACAUCUCCUGAUGACUUUGGCAGACAUGGUCCUGAUGGAAUGAAUUUGCCAAGUGAUUUGGUUGGAUACUUCAAGUCUUUUGUCAGUUCACAAUCUUGUAGCCAGCAAAGUGUUACGGUUUUUUCAUUGCUGAUCAAGUCACUACAAAGAGUUCCAUCUCUUGUCGAAUCUCAUUCAGAGCAAUUGAUACCUUUAUUUUUGAAGUUUCUGGGCUAUCAUGUCACGGAUUUGACGAGUGUGGAGUUGUGUAAAUUACAAUGCUCUAAGCGUAAAGAAUGGAAGGAGGCUCUUAAAGAGUGGUUAAACUUAUUCAAAUUGAUGCGGAAACCAGAAUCAUUACAUUGCAGUCACUUGUUAAAAAAAGUUUUGGAAUAUAGGCUUCUUGAUGAAACUGAUCCUGAAGUACAGUCAAAGGCUCUUGAUUGUCUUUUGAACUGGAGAGAUGAAUAUUUAGUGCCUUAUGGUCAGCAUCUGAAGGAUCUGAUUAAUGCAAAGAAUCUGCGAGAGGAGCUAACAACUUGGAGCUUAUCCAGGGAAUCAAAUCAAAUUGAUGACAAAUACAGGAAAUUUAUUGUGCCUAUCAUUCUCAGGAUAUUGGUUCCAAAAGUUAGAAAACUAAAAGGUCUAGCCUCUAGAAAGCAUGCUAGUGUACAACAGAGAAGGGCAAUACUUGGAUUCUUAGCAGAGCUUGAUGUGGAUGAACUUCCUCUGUUUUUUGCCUUGUUGAUAAAUCCCCUGCGAAUUACUUCAGAUGGAGCCAAUGUGACCCAAAAAUGGGUCAUUAUGUCACAGGAAAGCAUUCUUGAGGAAUUUGGAUUAUUCAACAAGGAAUUUACUGUGGAAAGUGUAAAGCUUAUAUCUUGGAGGAAAAGAUUUGGUUUCUUGCAUGUGGUUGAAGAGGUUUUGUCUGUAUUUGACGAGUCACGGGUUAAUCCUUUUCUUGAUCUACUAAUGGGCUGUGUUGUACGGAUAUUGGAAAGCUGCCCGGCUGCUGAACCUAAGGAUCUAUCUCAAAUUGAUUCUGACAUCAAUGAUCGUGCUUCUCAGGAUGAUACUGAUGCUGAGAAGAACAUAACGAGGGACAUGGCCGUGAAACAAUUCAAGGAAUUGAGAUCCUUAUGCUUAAAAAUAAUAUCUUCAGCAAUUGUCAAAUAUGAGAAUCAUGAAUUUGGUUCUGAUUUUUGGAAUCAUUUCUUCAUAGCACUGAGAUCAUUAAUUUUGCACUUUAAGCAAGUCGGUGCAAGCAGCGAGAAGCCGAGUUCAUUGUUCUCUUGCUUCCUUGCUAUGAGUAGAAACUUCAAGCUGGCCCCCUUAUUGACUAGGGAGAAGAAUCUCGUUCCUGAUAUAUUUUCAAUGUUGGAGGUCAAAACAGCAUCUAACGCGAUUAUAUUGUCUGUUUUCAAGUUUGUGGAAAACUUGCUUAAUCUUGCUCUUGAGCUGAGGACUGAAGAAAAUUCUGUUGAGAAAGUGUUGCGCCCACACCUGAAUGUGCUUGUCUCUUGUUUGCACCAGCUGUUUACUCGUGGAAAUGGGAAAAAAAGGAAUCUUUCAGGGAUUGAGCUCAGGGUAUUGGACUUGUUAUCUCGUUACAUAAAAGAAACUCUUGAAGCAAAGAUGUUUCUGGAUAUAUUGCUUCCACUUCUGGAUAAGAAAUCCUGGAACUCUGAUUCAUACUUGGAAAUUUUAAAGAUCAUUCAACAUGUAAUUGAAGUUGUUGGAAGUGAAGAUAGUCCGAGAAUACUAUCUGCAGUUCAAAACUUGCUUACUUUUGCUGAGCUGGAAGUCAGGAAAUCCAUUUGUGAUGUUCUUAAUGCUCUUGCUAAAGUUGAUUCGGAUGUUCUAUUUGUGGCCAAGCUUUUAACUGAAUUGAAUGCUAUAUCUGCAAUCGAAAUAGACUCCCUUGAUUAUGAUAAGAUUAUCGGUGCUUAUGAAAAAAUCAAUAGAAACUUUUUUUGUACUGUAUCGAGGCAGCAAGCAUUGAUCGUGUUGUCUCAUUGUGUGUAUGACAUGUCAUCUCAAGAGUUGAUUUUGAGGCAAAGUGCGUACCGUUUGUUGCUUUGCUUUGUUGAAUUUGCUGCGGAAAUUCUGGAGGAAAAGAUUAAAUCUGAUAAAGGGUGGACUAAAGAGCUUGUUGAGAAAAAUAUGAAGAAUUUUCUUUUGAAGCAUAUGGGAAAUGCUAUGAGAAAAGAAACUUCUAUUCAAAAGGUUUGGAUUGAUUUACUUCGAGAAAUGGUCUUGAAGCUCCCCGACGUGGUUAAGCUCAAAUCCUGUAUAACUUUGCUCAAUCAAAAUCCAGAAAAAGAUUUCUUUAGCAACAUUAUUCACUUGCAGAAACACAGAAGGGCUAGGGCUUUGUCUUGGUUUACACUGGCCAACAGUUCAGGAAAUCUUCCUGAGGAUGUUACCGAAAAAGUGUUUCUGCCACUUUUCUUUAAUUUAUUAUUUGGUGUACAAGAAGGGAAAGGUGAAAAUGUACGCAGCGCAUGUCUGAAUGCCAUUGCAUCAAUUGCUGGCUGUAUGAGCUGGAGAGAAUAUUACAAAUUACUUAUGCAUUGUUUUCGAGAUUUGACUGCAAAGCGAGAGAAGCAGAAGAUUUUAUCAAGAUUGAUCAGCUGUAUUCUGGACAAUUUUCAUUUCUCAGGAACUUGUAUGAUUAAUGAGCCCAAGGAUAGUGCAGAAGAUUUGGUUUCUGAAAGUUCCAAAAUGGGGUCUUAUGGUACUGAGUUGGGGCAAGAAUCCACGAUACAGACUUGUAUUCACAAACAGAUGCUUCCUAAGGUACAAAACUUGCUGAUAUCUGAUCCCAAUAAUGUCAAUGUCACUGUCUGCCUGGUUGCUCUUAAACUACUUAGAUUACUCCCGGGUGAAAUUAUGGAGUUGCAGCUUCGUAGCAUUAUUCAGCGCAUUUGUAACUUUCUUACAAAUCGGCUGCAAAGUGUUCGGGAUGAGGCUAGAUCUGCGCUGGCUGCUUGUAUAAAGGAGUUAGGACUGGAGCACCUACAAUUUAUUGUCAAAAUUUUGAGAGGCACUCUUAAGAGGGGAUUUGAAUUGCAUGUUCUUGGUUUUACUCUCCAUUUUGUGCUGUCAAAGUUUAUUACAAACUCUAAAGUUGUGACAUUAGAUCAUUGUCUGGAAGAUCUUCUUGCUAUAAUAGAAAAUGACAUACUUGGUGAUGUUUCUGAGGAGAAAGAGGUGGAUAAAAUUGCUUCAAAGAUGAAAGAGACAAGGAAGCAGAAGUCCUAUGAAACGCUUCGAUUGAUUGCACAAAAUGUCACAUUUAGUCUUCAUAUAAAAGACCUUCUUUCUGUCAUUACAGUUCAUUUGCAGAAGUCGCUGACUCCGAAACUGAAGUCUAAACUGGAGAAAAUGCUUAACCAUAUUGCAGCUGGUAUUGAAUCUAAUCCUUCUGCCGACCACAAACAGGUAUUCACAUUUGUGCAGUAUGAGCUUGAAAAGGCAAUUGGGUCUAAUGCAGGGAAGCAAGAUGGAGGUGUAGGGGAUACCUCUAAUAUUCACUCAGAUAAGGUAGUUGAUGUUGGAAGCAGACAUUCUCACCUUGUUACUGUUUUUUAUCUCGGAUUGCUUCAAAAACGUAUCACAAGAAAGAAAGUGGAUAGAAGUGAUAAGGAACACCUGUCAAUGUUAGACCCUUUUAUUAGCUUGUUAAGUAAUGGUUUGAGUUCGAAGUAUGAGACUGUUGUAUCUGCAUCCCUAAACUGCCUUUCUUCUCUGGUAACUCUGCGUCUUCCAGCCUUUAAAAUCGAGGCUGACAAGAUUAAGAAAUCUUUGUUACUUAUUGCUCAAAGUUCAUGGAAUGCUGGCAGUCCUUUGAUGGAGUCUUGCUUGAGGUUGCUGACUGUGCUGAUACGCAGGCCUUAUGUUUCAGUUUCAGAUGAUCAAUUGCAGAUGUUAGUUCAAUUUCCGGUCUUUGUUGACUUAGAAAGAAAUCCAUCUUUUGUGUGCCUUUCACUUCUAAAGGCCAUAGUGAGAAAGAAACUGAAAUUUUCUGAGGUAUAUAAACUUGUCAAGCGGGUUGCGGACCUGAUGGUAACAUGUCAAGUGGAACUAAUUCGGAAAAAAUGUAGUGAGAUUAUACUUCUGUUUUUGGGUGGCUAUAAGCUCUCGGAUAAACUUUUGCAAGAGUAUCUUGAUUUGUUUCUUUCAAAUCUAAGUUAUGAACAUUCUUCCGGAAGAGAAGCUGUCCUUGAAAUGAUCCAUGCUGUCAUCGUGACGUUUGACCAGAAGAAACUAGAUGAAAAAUCGCAAACAAUCUUUGUUCACCUUGUGGUUUCCUUGGCCAAUGACCAUGAUUAUAAGGUUCGAUCCAUGACUGGUGCUGCUAUAAAACUUCUGAUUAAGAGAGUGAACGAUGGUCCACGUAAAUCCAUUCUUGAAUACAGUCUAUCCUGGUAUAUGGGUGAUAAACAGCAUCUCUGGAGUGCUGCUGCACAGGUACUGGGUUUGCUGGUAGAAGAAGUUACCGAGCAAGACUUUAAGGAAUAUAUCAGCCAUGUCUUUCUGGUGUUGAGAAGAAUUAUGAAGUCUGGUGUCGUUUUUCUUUUGAACGGACAGCUAGAUAAAUCAAACGAAUCAGCAGCUCCCUUCUGGAAGGAGGCUUAUUAUUCACUGAUUUUAUUGGAGAAGAUGUUGCACAAAUUCCAGACCUUAUGCAAUGAAAAGGAUCUUGAGGACUUAUGGGAGAUGAUUUGCGAGUUCCUACUGCACCCGCACUCAUGGCUGCGUAAUAUAUCAAAUCGUCUUAUCACCUUGUGUUUCAAGAACAUAACUAAAAUUGAAGAAGAGACACAUUCACUCACAAUACAUACACUCACAAGGCCAAGUAGACUGUUCUUCAUUGCUGCUUCUCUUUGCUGCCAACUAAGAGCGCAGACAACAGAUGAUUCUGCAAGAAUCCUGAUUGCUCGUAAUCUGGAUUUUGCAAUUGUUCGCUUGCAUUUACUCCUAGGACAGAGUGGACAUGUGGAUUUUCUGGAAUUCUGGUCUAAUCUUGAAGAUACUGAGCAAAGUUAUCUUUUUAGAGCUUUCCAUGUUCUCGAUCCAAGUAAGGGAAAAGGCACCCUUGCAUAUCUCAGCUCUAACAGUAGUGAGCCACAUGAUGAAAAAACCAAUAACUCUGAACAUAUUCUUGUUUCCCUUCUGCUCAAAAAGAUGGGAAAGAUAUCCCUUCAAAUGGAGACUGCACAGACAAAAGUUGUCUUCAAUUGUUUCAAGUCAAUUUCUUCGACACUUUUAGGACAAUACUCAAAUGCAACACCAAUUUUUGAGGAUGAUGGGCAUUAUGCAUAUCAGAUCCUGCUGCCUUUAUACAAAGUCUGUGAAGGAUAUUCAGGGAGAGUGCUUUCAGAUGACGUAAAGCAAGCAGCACGAGAGGUUUGCGAGAGCAUUCAAAAGGACAUGGGAGUCCAGAACUUUGUCCAAGUUUACAGUCAGAUACGGAAAAAUCUGAAAGCAAAGAGGGAUAAGAGGAAACGAGAAGAAAAGCUUAUGGCAGUGGUAAAUCCUGUGCGGAAUGCUAAGAGAAAGCUAAGGCUUGCAGCCAAACAUCGUGCUUACAAGAAAAGAAAAAUCAUGUCUAUGAAGAUGGGGAGAUGGGUUUGA